UCCCCGACGUGUAUUAUAAAAUGAUAAUCAAAUAAAAUUCCAGUGACUUUUCGUGAAAAUAUUAUGUGAAAUUUGGUAUAAUCAUAAUUAUAAUGAAGUGUUUGUACUAUCAACAUUCGACCAUAGUGUGGUUAGGUAUACUGACCUUUAUUUCUACAUGCGAGAAUGUGAGUGAGAUGCACCACAGAACUAAAGGAGCUACAGAAAAACAACACGACCUCUGGUGUUACAGAUGCGAUACAAUGUUAGAUGGAGAAAGAUGUUUAGAUGUUGAAGGAAAUAAUAAUUCUUAUUUGCAUCAUAAAUGUACCAGAGAACAAAAAAAAUGUCAGGUCCGUAGAAUAUCGAUGUCGACAAGUACAGACGAAAUAACGGGCGAACCAAAACUUUGGUUACUACAAAGGAACUGCACCGAAAGUUGCGAACCUGGUUGUAUAAUAAUUGGUGAACGUACUAAACUUCACUCCUGUAUAACAUGUUGCGACGAGUAUAAUUACUGCAACGCCGGCGGCGGGGCUUCACCGAAUCGUCACAUAUCUUGUGCAGUUCUAGUUACAAGUUUCGCUAUUUUACGAAUCGUAUUCGGUUUAAUGAGAUGCAAUACUACUUUCUGUAGAUAACAGAAAAUUACUUUAAUUUAACGUUAAUGUUUCAAGCGAAUUGUUUACAUACCUACGGCGUGGGUAAUUUGAGUCACUACGGACAGUAUUUUUUGAGAAUUAUCGAUUUUGAAAAAAAUCGACUUUAUUUGUAACUUUCGUUUUAUCUAUGAGGACGAUAUUAUGGUUUUAAAGGAAAUCGUGUCAAAUUUCUUCAUAAAUAACCCUCAUCAUAACCACAACAUUAUAAAAAAGACAAAAUUUUAGGUUAGAAACUUAUUAAGACUCAAUCCGUUGUGCGCAAGCGUUGCGAAAGUAGUAGAAGCUUCAUCCCCCGGAAGCAGCAUUUUUCUAUCUCACUUAUUCAAACUCGAUCCGUUGUGCGCAAGCGUUGCGAAAGUAGUAGGGAAAUGUAGUGGGAUGAGCUUCAGACUCGAUCCGUUGUGCGCAAGCGUUGUGAUGGUAGUAGAAGGUUCAUUCCUCGGAAGCAGCAUUCUUCUAUCUCAUUUGUUCAGACUCGAUCCGUUGUGCGCAAACGUUGAGAAAGUAGUAGGGAAAUGUUGUGAGAGGAGCUUCAGACUCCAUUCGUUGUGCGCAAGCGUUGUGAUGGUAGUAGGCAACUGUAGGGGAAGAGGCUCCAUCCUCCGGAAGCAGCAUUCUUCUAUCUCACUUAUUCAGACUCGAUCCGUUGUGCGAAAACGUUGCGAAAGUAGUAGGAAGUGUAGUGGGAGAAGCUUCAUACCUCGGUUGUUAAUAUCCAUUAUAAUAACCAUUUUUUGGUCAAAUCACGCACGGGUAAUUUGUUUUAUUUAUUAUUAUAUAUUACUAUAUAUUAUUGUAAAUAAAAAAAAUGUAUAGAAUUGCGCUUGUGAGCAUGCUCCAUUUGAGAGCAUGCGCAUGGUCUAAAUGACGUAUGUAAAUAUGUCCGCACCGUUGGGAAGUAUUAAAUAUACGGUCGAAUGUUCCGAUAAGUUUAUUUUUGAAGUCGAAUUAAUCAAAAAUAAUUGUUUAUUUACCAAAUUUGUGCCAAGAGACUGAACUUGUUCCAGAUCAUCUAAUCUUAAUUGUAGAUAUCGUUUUCAAUAAAAUGAACUACAUAUUUUUUUUUACAUUGAUGAGUAAUAUUUAACCGAAAGUUGUUUUAAAACGAAACAUACAUAUUCAUAUAAUCUGUUACUAUUAAGUGCGGUUCGCAUUCCAUUUAAAUUGGAAAUUUACGAUCGGGUUAAGUUAUGUACAAAUACGUUUCCAUAAAUGGGAAAUGGAAGCUUAUUAUUAUUUUGUUUUAGUCCAGUCAUUUUAGGUAGAUUUAGGCAAGAAUUUCGGAAAAUCGAGAUACUCAGCUAUAAAAUCGUUCAAACUCAUUCAUUUGAUAUCCUAAAACUCCUCUUAAUACUCACAUAUAAUUCGAUGUGAGCAACUUUAAAAAUUAGAGCUCAAAAGUCGAAAAAAUCGAUUUUUUGCAAAUAAUUCGUUUCCUAUGGGUUUUGCGCUAUUUGUGUUUAUUAUCAAUAUUGUAGGUCAUUGAAUUCUCUACAACUUUUGUUAUAAAAAUUUGUUCAUACGGUGAAUCGUUUCUGAGAUAAAGGGCCGAGCGCGCGCGGCUAGAGUCCCGUUUGAAAUCUAGUAGUCCCGAUCAAAAUUAUUACUUAUAUAUACUUAUAAAUAAUACUUAUUUUUAAAUAAAUAAAAAAUAGCAGGAAAGAAAGAAAAAUGUUAAUAUUUAUUAUAAAAUGUAAUUCGAUACAUUUGUGAUUGUUAAAAUUAAAAAAAAAACAAAAAAUAAUUACAAGGACAAUGAGUUCUAAUUUCAAUUUUCUUCUUCUUCUUCAUCGUCGUCGUGAUCCCGCUGAACUGGAUAGUUUUUUUCUUCAAAUGCUACUGCAAGUUCAUGCAAAUUAUUAUUAUUUUAAUCGGGACUACUAGAUGAUUUUAAACGGGAUUCUAACCGCGCGCGCUCUGCCUUCUAUCUCAGAAACGAUUCACAGUAUGAAAAAAUUUUUGUAACUAAAGUUGUAGAGAAUUCAAUGAUCUACAAUAUUGAUAAUGAACACAAAUAGCGUAAAACCCAUAGGAAACGAGUUAUUUGCAAAAAAUAUGCAAAUCAAGUUUAAACGAAUUUAUUCCUAGGUGAAGUACCUUAAAUGACUGGACUAUUAUCGUGCCCCAAUUUUAAUAUGUGUAAAGUCUUAAAUAU